CUUCACGACAUCUGUUUGGAAUCUUCAAUGUUCGUCACUAAUUGGAUAAUUUUCAAAGUGUAAUUGUGCCUCUAUGACUCAGUACCUGGGCUCGCGCAUCGAUAACAAUCCAUUGCUUCACUUGCGACGGACGUUGUGCCUCCAAGGCUCAGUACCUGGGCUCGCGCAUCGACAACAAUCCAUUGCUUCACUUGCGACGGACGUUGUGCCUUCAUGGCUCAGUACCUGGGCUCGCGCAUCGACAACAAUCCAUUGCUUCACUUGCGACGGACGUUGUGCCUCUAUGGCUCAGUACCUGGGCUCGCGCAUCGACAACAAUCCAUUGCUUCACUUGCGACGGACGUUGUGCCUCUAUGGCUCAGUACCUGGGCUCGCGCAUCGACAACAAUCCAUUGCUUCACUUGCGACGGACGUUGUGCCUUCAUGGCUCAGUACCUGGGCUCGCGCAUCGACAACAAUCCAUUGCUUCACUUGCGACGGACGUUGUGCCUCCAAGGCUCAGUACCUGGGCUCGCGCAUCGACAACAAUCCAUUGCUUCACUUGCAACAUACGUUGUGCCUCUAUGAUUCAGUACCUGGGCUCGCGAGUCGACAACAGUGAGUCAUGCUUCGCAUCUAUAUUUCCCUUAUCUUUCAACGAGCAUUAUGUCCUGCUGGAAAUUUUCGAGCUUUAACAGUGCUAUGGAGAUCGGCGGAACCAUUUUGCUCCAUUGCCACUUGACUGUUCAUUCGCAAUUCUUACCAUACAUAUACAAAAUUAUCGAAAAGGCCGUUGUAAUAAUUUAAUCGUCCGCAGCAUAAAUAGAAUUUAUAAAUUUGCUUUCAUCGAG